AUGAGCUCGCUCCUGGCGGCGCUCACGGCGUCUCUAUUAACCGACGGUGCAGCGCUCAGACGCCUCACCGGCGAGGUUCGAUCUGCAUUCGACAAACCAUCCGAUAUCACAUUCACGUCUGUCUCUAAGCUCCCGUAUCUCGACGCCUGUGUCAAAGAAUCGCUGCGAUUGCAUCCACCAACCCCCGGGGCACUUCCUCGCGCUGUGCCUGAAUCAGGGGCCGUGAUCGCUGGCCGCUGGGUCCCUGGGGGGACUAGAGUCUAUGUGACUAUCCUAGCGUCCACCCAGUUCUCUGCCAACUUCCACCAGCCCGACUUGUUUUGCCCUGAACGGUGGUUGGAGGGCUCUGGCGCUGAGUUUUCCAAAGACAACAGAGCAGCGUAUCAGCCAUUUUGGUUUGGCCAGCGGAACUGCAUUGGGCUAGAGAUGGCACAGCUUGUCAGUCGACUAAUUAUCUGCAAGCUUCUCUACAACUUUGACGUCGAAGCGGUGUCGGAUUUAGAGCAGUGGAGAGCGAAUGCGAGGGUGUACACUGUUAGGGAUUACGCUCCAAUGCUCGUCAGGCUUAUACCAGUUAAUUCCAUGGUGGUAAAGUAG